UUACUUAAAUAUUUAAUUUUAAAGUAAUUUCUUGUAGUUGGUGCCCUCUAUCACCAUUUUCGUUCUCUUUAAGCUUGUGUCAGCCACGUAGACGUGAGCAUGUUCUUCAGAUAUUUGUGUGCUGUUGUUUUACUUGUUGCUGCUUGUGGGGUUAGCAGUGGAGAAGAUGAAACAGUGGCUCGUCUCUUAGUUCACAAACGAAUACUAAAUCGAUUUCUUGUAGAGGGAAAAGACCUGGUAGUGGACUACAAUAUUUACAAUGUUGGAGGAAGUGCUGCCUUGGAUGUUCAUAUUGUUGAUAAUGGCUUCCCAGAAGAUGAUUUUGAGGUUGUCAUUGGAAUGCUGAAAAUCAAGCUCGAUAGAGUGGGACCUGGUAAUAACGUAACUCACACGGUUGUCGUAAGACCAAGAAGUUAUGGUUUUUACAACUUCACUGCAGCAGAAGUAACGUAUCUUCCUUCUGAAGUUGCCCAGGAUGUUCAGAUUGGUUACACAUCUGAGCCAGGUGAAGGAGGGAUUGCUGCUAUCCGUGAAUUUGACAGGAAAUUUUCUCCACAUGUGAUGGACUGGAUAGCUUUUGCUGUGAUGACUCUCCCGUCGUUAGGCAUUCCUUUGCUUUUGUGGUAUGGUAGCAAGUCGAAAUAUGAGGCCAUAAUUAAACAAAGCAAGAAACAUUAAUCAUUCCAAUUCCAAACACACAAGCUCAUGUAUUAAAUCUUUUUAUGUUAAGUGCUGAGAGUAAUUGUAAAGCAUGAAAUAAAAGGGAAUGUUUACACUGGA